AUGAGUGGUGGAAAAUUCUCCCCUGCUCUUCCGGUCUUGGUGAAGUGUCAUACGCAAGCACAAGCUGAGGAUGUCGAGCGAUUCAAUGAUGUCGUCAAACCACUGAAGCAUCUGGAUGAGACUACUACCGAGGCGAUCGUCGACUUGAUCAAUCAAUCCUUGGUAACACCAACAAUUCUACGUGCUCACCAAAACUUCUGGUGUGUUGUCUAUGGGAAUAGAAGUGGGAUAUUCAUGUCCAAUACCGAGGCAAUAGCCCAGGUCAAUGGCAUGACAAAAGCCAUCUUCAGGCGGAUCUCCGAGCAGAAUGGCUCUGCAUUCAAGCGGGCACUGAUCUACAUGGUGACGAAGGGAGCCAGCGAGAAGGACCUGAGUGAGCAGAGAGCAGAUAGCUCGAGCAUUGAUCCGCAGCUGAACAGCUUAAGCACCUCAUUCCAGACCCAGUUCACCAUGCACGUGGAGCGUUCUGAGGACGUCUCUCACGCACAACCUUCUACACCUUCUGCACAUUCUCAGGCCCGUCAAGGCGCUAUUGUCAGCAAUGCAUCUAUUCGUGCCCAUUCGCCAUCACGACAGCCUACCCCAGUGCAGCAUGGAACACCAUCUCGGAGCAGCCGUCAAGGUUCUGCUCGACACUCCGAUGACUCCCAAGAUCACGAAUAUGCGGCUGCUGCCUCCGGUCCUCCACCUGUGUAUAUCUAUCAACACGUUCGAAAUUUGGCAGGGAUUGUGAAGACGCUGCUGGGACCCUGCACGGACUCGACACCAGCUCUCUCUCUUGGGCAUCAAGUGGAUGCAUACCUGCAAGCUCAUGGGUACAGUAAUGAUGCUAACAUGACAAUAUGUCAUGCAUACAGCCUGAGCGGAACAUUGGAGGAAUUCAUCAAGAAGUUGGCUCCAAAGGGCAUGCCGAUCAAGGAGAUUAAGUACUUAUGGUGUCUCUGUGGUCCGUCGGACUGGGUAUGGGCUGAAGUGGAGAUCCAGUAA